CUCAAGUGUGUCUUGCUUCACUUCUGACUCGCUGACAUUUUAUUUUCUUCCAAGCGCCCGCCUGCUGACAGAGCUUUUCAUCGCAAUCCACAAUAGAUUGAAGUUGAACGCCUUUAUUUAUCCCUUGGCUUUUUCUCGCCAGCCUUAAGCCAUCGGAGGAGUCGAAUGAGUAAAGUAUCAACUACUGCCAGAGAGGGCGCUAUGGAGACGGAUAAGUCUCCGGAUCACAAUGAAGCACAAGAAGAAGACGACGCAGCCGUCGAUGCCGAAUGCUUCCUGGUUGAGAGGACUAAGAUUAUUCAGCCGGCGUCUCUGAAAGACAGCAAACUGGAGAAGCUCAAGGAGGUGCUGCAGGAUUGGAUCAAUAGCACUCUGAAAGCAGAGCACAUCGUGGUUCAGAGUCUGGACGACGAUCUGUACGACGGACUAGUUCUUCAUCAUCUUCUGGCCAGCUUGGCUGGCGUGCACUUGCCCUUGGAAGAGAUCGCGCUGACCAGCUCGGCUCAGAUCCGCAAGCUGGAAAUCGUCGUGGAGGAGUUGGAUAAGAGGCUGGGCCGGCGCGACCCCGAGUGGGACGUCAGCUCGAUCCACAAGAAAGAUCUCCUGGCCACUCUCCAUCUGCUGGUUGCCAUGGUGAGACAUUUCCAGCCCGAGCUGGAGUUGCCCUCCGACGUGAAGGUUCAAGUUGCGCUCGUGGAAGUGAGCGGGACGGGGAUCCGAUCAGACGUUCGAAGCGAAGUCCUAACAGGAGAGAGCAGCCAUUCGGACAACCUCGGCAGCACCCACGGGGACGCUAAUCAAGUCGAGGAGCUGCUGAGGAUGGAGGCUCACGAGGUCGCACUGGCGAAACAGGCUCUACUUGGCUUUGUGAACACCAGCGUGGCCAGACUGGGCCUGCACGUGUCCGAUCUGGACAAGCAGUUUUCCGACGGUGUGAUUCUGCUGCUGCUGAUUGGCCAACUGGAAGGUUUCUUCAUUCCUCUCUGUGACUUCAGUCUGACACCCGUCAACCACGCGCAGAUGCUGCACAACGUGUCGCUGGCCCUGAGCCUCCUCACUCAUUUGGGCCUGCGCGUGUCCUCGGUUCAACCACAAGAUGUCGUCGCUCAGGACGUGGCAGCCACACUGAAGGUCCUCUACGCUCUUUUUAACAAGCACGCAAAGCAAAAGGAGAAAAUGGCCGCCCAAUGUGACUGAGACUCGAAUUUAUGUACCCAGUUAUGUACCCAGUGGUUUUAUCCCCCUUGGUCUUCCAAAAAGAAAUAAAAAGAUAAAAGAUUUUUA